CUCGGGCUCCCCCAGUUAGUCGUGUUAUCAUCACAAUAAACUCCAACUGUACGCGUGUUACUACUAAAAUCAAUUUAUUAUCCCAUUUUCCUCGAUCCUUGAGUUAUUGGGAGAUUCAUAAUAAUGUGAUUCUCGGUGCAGCCAUGAGACAGUAUUCGUCGUCCAGUGAAAAAAAGGGGCUCAGAACGGCCAGGCUGAUGCCAAUGGUGUCCAGGCCACUUGAAUUAUCCGGAAUUUAACGUUUUAUACAUUUUUUAAUAAUCAUUCAGCCCUCGAAUCAUCAAUUUCAAGGGCAUCCGGAGAAUUCUGGGGAGAAAUCAACGCCUGUUCUGUGAUCUCCAGUGCGUUAUCGUAUGUCUUCUUGUGCCAGUUAUCAGUGUUCACAUCUUUGUGAUUUGUUGCAACAUUUUUUUAUUCAAUCAACUACGAGACCUCAGGAUUUUAUUUCUACUUUUUCAUAGUGUCCAUUCUGAUCAGCUCUCCUCUCGAUAAAGUGAAAGAUAGACUGACAUGCAGGCAGAGCUAAUGUGUCGUAAACCAGCUGUGAUAACGGGGAGAAACAUGUCACAGCAUCAAGGAUAUCAUCGGGGUAAUGAUGUAUCGAGGGACUCCAGGGAAGCAAUUCACUCUGGACACUUUAUGGUCUCGGAUUUUGAAGCGGACGAUCAGGAUGAUGAGGAUGAGCUUGCUGUACCAGUGCCUGAGGAAGAGGCAGCUAAACUGGCGAUUGUCGCACCUCCGGGAUUUUCCCUGGAGAGAUUCGUUAACAUAUCGAAUGCUGAGAAAAGCUCCCAACAGCUCAGCAUUGAAACUUCGUUGAACAAGUUGUUUCAGUGUAUGUCACUUGCGUACAGACAGAAGCUGACGUCUCCCAAGUGGAAUCGAUUCAAAGGCAUCAGGCUCCGAUGGAAAGACAAGAUCAGGCUGAACAACGUCAUCUGGAGGUGUUGGCACAUGCAGUUUAUCCUGAAGCAGAAUACCCUGGUGUGUCAAUUUGCCUCUCCCCUGGACGUAGAUACUCACAACAAGCCUGAAGCAGUAGUGUUAGAAGGAAAAUACUGGAAACGGAAAUUGGCGGCGGUAACUGCAGAGUACAAAAAAUGGCGAAUGUUCUAUCGGAACAAAAUUCUCGGAUGGACCAACAAAGAUGGAAUAGAUAUGUUGGAAUCGAUGGACAUGCUGGACUGGGGCAACGGUGGUAUGGGAUCAUCAGGGGGUUUUUCAUCGGGUCUAAUGAAUUCCCAUGGCAAUAUCAGUGGUCUACAGGGCCCUGAUAGUAUGAUGGUUGAUGAGGAUUACAUGGAACUCAUGACUGACACGUUAUUCUCAACAAUAAGCUCAAAUCAGCCAAUUUAUUUUCCUGAUCCCCGAGAAAUUGCCCGUGGUGCGAGUCUCGCUGACUUCAUUCAGCCCUCGCUGGGUCCCCUCCAGCCAAAUCUAGACGACUUCAUGGACACUUUGGAGCCCCUUCAGGUGUAUCUCAACUCAAAACUCACCCCAGUACCCGAGGAAGACGACCUCUUUCGCUCUACCACCCUCAAUUCCACCUACUCCGACCUCGAGUUGAUGUCCUCGAUAAAUCAGGUCUCCAAUCUCCAAUCCCCCCAGCCACAAAAUCCCUCCCAAAUGCCCCAGGCAUCAUCCACCAUUCCCCAGCCCCCUCCCACACCUCCUGUCCCACUCCAGACCCUGCAGUAUCCCACGAAAUACAUACAGGCCCCACCUCAACCCUCACAAAUAUACAGGCCCCUAUCAACAUCACCAGAUGCCUAUCAGAAUCAACGGGAGAAGCCCCAGAGACCUGGGCGCUCGCCCUCAAGAUCAAAUAGGACUAUUCAGCAUCAAUCUUCACCAACUUUUCCCACGUACCAGACUAGCUAUAAUCAACUGGACAUGGGCACCAUUCAGAACAGUCAGAAUACUCCUCAGAUGGCCUUGAAUAAUCUUCAGGACAGUAGUUUCAAUAACCGAGGCAUCAAGGAACUGUCGACCGCUGUUCCGGGAAUCGGGGAAUGUUUCAAGGGAAUUGGGUCACAGGGUUUCAAGAUUGGACAGGGUACGCAGGGAAAUCAACCCUUCAAGUUCAGGGGUAACAACUUGAAGAAUGUUGGGCAGAAUGUCCCACAACAAAUGACCGUGACAGUCUCGUCAGCAUCUCCAGUGUCAUCUCACAUUCUCCUUCAGUGUAAGCCACCAGGCCUUGAUCUCACAGCUCCAACCCUUCAUCCAGCAAAACUCCUCCCUAAAGGCGGUGAAAAAGAGGAGAUUUUUGCUGUUCCAAAGUAUCAGAUGAAGGUGAAGAGCAGAAGCAGAAGCUCCAGUGCUCUCAGUGGUCAGCGAAAUCAUCCACCUCCUCUGGUAUCAGCCGUAUCUGAUCCUGCUAUCAAUGUCAGCAAUAAUGUCUUAUUGGCGCAAUUGUUGACGAAUAAUUCUGCUGGACUGUAUACUGUCAGCACUGGCCCGGAUAAGAUGACAGGAUUGGGAGGGGGUCAGAGCACUGGUGGCAAGGGGAUGAUGCAGAUGAUUCAAGGGGGAAGCAGUGGUGGACAACUAAACAGUUCUGGAAGGGCCCAGCUAAAUAGCCCCGGUGCAGCUCAGAGUCAGGGUAGUCCUAGUGGUAUGUUGUUAUCAAGUAGUCAGUCACAGGGUAGUCCAGGCUCUCCGAAGGACAGCAGUGGUGUUCACAGUCCUCAAGCAUUGAGUUUAAGUCCUCUUCACAGUCCCAUGAGCCUGGGCAGUCCCCUGUCACCAGGAUCAAGGAUCUACGUUAAGGGGGAACGCGAGGGUGGGGGGUAUAAGGAGCAAAGAAGAGUGGGACAUAUUCAUGCGGAGCAGAAGAGGAGGUACAACAUUAAAAAUGGCUUUGAUACGCUCCACAAUCUUAUUCCGCAGUUGAGCCAAAAUUCUAAUACUAAAUUGAGCAAAGCUGCGAUGCUGCAGAAAGGGGCUGAAUAUAUUCGACAACUGAGAAAUGAAAGAACACAGAUAAAAGAGGAAAUGGAGAAUUUGAGACAACAGAUCGAGUGCCUUAACACUUCUAUCAGCAACUGUCAGUCAAUGUUACCAGCCACUGGUGCCCCAGUUUCACGCCAACGCACCAAUAAGAUGAAGGAAAUGUUUGAUGAGUACGUGAGGAAACGCACUCGUGAAAAUUGGAAAUUUUGGAUUUUUAGUAUCUUAUUGGAGCCACUGAUGGUGUCGUUCAAUACAUCAGUUUCCACUGCGAGUGUCGAGGACCUCUGCAGGAGCACAAUACUCUGGGUCGAGCAGCACUGUUCCCUAGUCGACCUCAGGCCAGCUGUCUUGAAUUCACUGAGGUAUCUCUGCACUGCGACAGAGAUCCUCUCAGACCCUGGACGCCUUCCUGAAGAAGCUCUGGCUGCUGUCAAUCACACUGAGAGACGCAAAUCAAUGCAGUGACACUACCAAAAUGAUCAAUAUCUCGGUAGAGCGAGCACAAAGAUAACACAAGUUUUUUCAAUACCUAAAGUGCAAUUUUUGUCUCAUCUCAUUUUAAUAUUGUUUAGACUAAUUGCUAGUUAUUCUCGGUUUUAAUGAAAAUUCGAGAUUUUUUUUUCAUGGGUACAAGUGGAUUUUCGUCGAAAUGUGGAAAUUUAUAAAUUUUUUAUAGUUGUUUAGAUUGUUUUUCAUUUUAUUUCUUUAUAUACAAGAAUUAUUUUUGAUGUUUUCAUCCCAGGAAUUACAGAUACUUGUUUUGAACAAUCUAGAUAAAAUUUGGGAGGCAAUAUAUCCCCAAGAUGGGAAUAUACUUCCCAGAUAAGAUGAAAGAUCAAAAUUUGAAUUUAAAGGAGAAAUUGAGAAAGUGCUUCUUGAUUAAAUUUUUGCUUUUAGUAAUUGUAAAAUUCAGAGAACAGUCUCUUUCAUGUUCGGAAAACUGCAAAUUUUAAUUUCUAAAUCAAUUUUUAUUCCCAAGACGUGAAAAAUUUAAUUAUUUUUGUAAAUUUUAUAACGGACAAAUUGAGCAAUUCAUUUUCCACUGAAUUUUCUUAUUUUUAAUUUGAUUUUCUGCAAAACUUUCCCCUAGCAGAAAACCCAAAUUUCCACAAUUUUGAUGAAAAACUCCAGCAUAACUACAAAAAAAUCACUACUCCAUUAAAAAUGUUAGAAAAACUCUAAAGAAUAUUUUUAUACGAAUCCGGCACCGUAAAAUCAUACAAAAUGCCAAUGACCUCUAUUGUAUAAAAACCCAUUUUUGUUGAAUGCAAAAAAAUUGUUGACCUAUCGCAAGGAUUUACAAGUUAGUACCAAGAAUGUAAAAAGAAGAAAUAAAGUUACUUAUAUUUGUUAUAAAAUAUAAUAAAAAAACAAA